GCUAUAGUAUACUCUUGCGGGUUCGAACUUCUCAGGUCCAUGCUCCAUCUAGUUGCUUGGUAGUGCUUGUCUUGCUUCGACAUGCUAACAACUGCCAAUUGGUGCGCAGCCCGUCAUUUCACACCGGCUAAUCUUUGAUCGCCACUUCACUCGUGUGGUUUGUGGUAUGGUACAAAUUUUCGUUAACAAUCCACCCCAACAAAUGAAGAGUAUCGUGUGGGACAGGGCGAUUCAACUCCAAGCACCAUAAAGAAAAAAAUGGUCAAGGACAUGGACUCGGACGACCUGAAGUUGCAAGAAGAAUCGGCGCCAACAAAAUCUAGACCCCAAUCCGGUCACGGGAAAGAAGUCGCUUUUCAAACAACCACUACCACUGAUGUGCACAAGCGACCAUGGAUACGGUACCGGACUGAGUAUCUCGAUCAAAACAACGACGACGUCGUCUGGGAAGAAAACUCGCGAACGCCCUCUGCGAAUCAUAAUGAUGGGUUGGAUUUCAUUGGCGAUCCAAUCUUCGAGAUCCUUACAAUAUACCGAGCGCGAGGCGACAGUAAGAGUGUUAAGAGAUCUUCCAAGACAGGGGAAAGAACGAGAGAAGGCCCGCCUCCACGCUCAUUUGGCACCCCGCCUCGUCACAAGUUGCGGAUCUACUCCUCUGCUCUCCGCAAUGCAUUGAACUCAGUUGUCCAAUACUACCCAAGUCAAUCACUCAAUGGAGACGCUCUCGAAGUGGAUUGGCCGUAUCCUGUGUUAGUUCACCAUUAUGAUGAGCUGGCAGAGUUCCGGAAACAAAUCCUGCUGAAAGAACCAAGUGAGCUUUGCGUCAGAGAAACUCAUGCACCCGAGGACAUUCAGGCACUACUGGACUAUCUCGACCAGACCGUCAUGGACAACAUAAGAGCUGAGAUGGCCCGUAUAAAGAGGGGCUUCUUGAGUUUCGACAGCUUCUGGUACGCCUUCAAACCCGGAACAACAAUUUUGUCAUCGAUCAGAACAACCACUGCCUGGCAAGCAUGCGUGAUAUCCGACAUCACGGGCGGGACCUUUGUCGACCCUCCUGAGGAGUGGGUAAUAAAUGGCUGGUCACUCGCGUUUGACGGGCGUUUUCUUGGUCGCGUCAGUAGUGGGUGCACAAUGGAACGGUUCUCUGGUGAAAAAGACCAGAGUUCAUUUCGUUUCAUAUCCGAUACCAAGGACAUAAGAGACGAAGAAGCCAAAAGACUUGUCGAUUAUGGAAGGCAGUAUUGGGAGCUUAUCCAAAAAAAGUGCAAGUACCAUGCCGGUGAUUCUUGCAAUUUCCCGCAUAAUACGGUCGAGGGGCUUGUAAUGACAGAUGCACGACAGUACUAUGCAGAAAAUCUGGAUUCUACUCGCAGUCAACUAGAAGGUUCGGACCUCCGCAGAUGGACCAAUGAUUGCGUUUGCAGUGUCUGCAAACAGAGGUCAAUCAAGCUCGAAACUGGCACGCAAACCAUGUUCGAGAACUACAGCAAGAUAACGCGUCUCAGAUGGUCGCAGCUCUCUGAUCAUCAAUAUCUUCUCUGUCCAUCCGAAGUGCCUGCGUUUGUGUUUAAGUCACGAUCAUGGGACAUCUUCCAUGUCAACAACUUCAGGGAUCCACAAUUCCAGCAAGAUAUGAUCAAUAGCUUAGUCACGGAUGAGGAACGUGUCAUAACUUUGAAGGCUCUUGCUCAAAGCUUCAUACGGGUGAACCAAGAUGGCGACACCAUUGACAGGCCAGCAUGGACGGCAGAUUUUGUCAAGGGCAAGGGAACCGGAAUGACGUUCCUGCUACAUGGUAGACCAGGCGUGGGGAAAACAUACACUGCAGAAUGCAUUGCCGAGUAUACAAAGCGACCGUUGAUGACACUGACAAAUAGCGACAUCGGUAUAGACCCGGACUCGGUGGAAUUAAACUUAACGAGACACUUCAAGACUGCAAAAAGCUGGGGUGCAAUCUUGCUCAUCGAUGAGGCCGAUGUAUUCAUGGAGCGUCGCUCAAGCAACGACUUGACGAGGAAUAGCUUGGUAGCUGGAUUUCUCCGCGCUCUAGAAUUCUAUGACGGCAUCCUUUUCCUCACAACCAACCGUGUUGGAUCUUUUGAUGAUGCCUUUAUCUCACGAGUCCACAUCCAACUCUAUUAUAGGGACUUCACCGAUGGUGAGCGGCAGAGGGUGUGGCAAACUUUCAUCGACAAGCUGCACAACGACAAUACCGAUGCGGAGUCUGGGAAAUUGUACAUGCGAGUUAGCUUGCCGGCGCAGGAGUACAUUGAGGGCGAACAGAUUCGAGCUAUCAAGUGGAACGGUAGAGAGAUCAGGAAUGCCUUCCAGACCGCGGUUGCCCUUGCCGAACAUGAAGGGAGGCGGGACAAGGAGGGGACCAUCCUCGUGACUGACCGGCACCUCAAAUCAGUCUUGGCUCUCUCCAAGGACUUCAAGAAUUAUCUGACGGAGCUACACCAAGGUCAUGAUGAGGGCGAAAGGGCGCGCAGGAGGCAGGAGAGAUUGGACUCCUUCGGUAAUGAGUCCUAAGCCUUCCACUAGUCCGUUUUCUUUCCAUGGAAUAUGUAGUGCGCUUGAUUUACUGAGUUCAUAACUGCUGGAGAUCUACAAAAAUCCCACCUCUCGUGCUUCAGCCAUAUGAGAUUAUAGUUUCGCCCUUAAUCCGUAUACAACCCCAAAAACGCACGGCACCUUCAUGUAGUGAGAAGUGGUUUUGUUUUUAAUCCCCAUAUAUACAAAACGUAUAUGGCGCCUUC